AUGGUCUCACUUCCUGGUCCAGAGACUUCAGCUGCGCCAUCGGAAGGCUCGGGAGUCCCCGCAGUCGGCAACUCGUCACGGAAUCGGUACCAACGGACCUACCAGGCUUGCCUGCAUUGUCGAAAGCGGAAGGUGAAGUGUGUGCCCAAGGACGACGGUGGCCAGUUGACGCCUACGUGUGUAAAAUGUCACCGCGAGCGACGAGUAUGCGUCUUCACCCGGGAGCGGAGGAUUCAUCAUAGCCUGGCGAGCCCAGAAUCGUACAUGGAGAAUCUAGAGACGAGCAGAACUGUCCGGACUGUGUACGAUCCCUCGGAUGACGCGGUCCGCAGUCAAGCACCGCAAAGGAAAUCCCAGCAUAACGUCGACAAGGCACCGCUGCCUAGGAGUGAAAGCCAGGAGCCAAGCCAUGCUACGAAUCACAAUGAAUGGCAAGAAUGCUUGAUCGAGGGAGUCAUACAGUCUUCUAUCACGAAUCAAAGAGAUGCCCUUAAUCUCCUCUAUACAGCGGUCGAGCAUUCGGAUUCUGAUCCUGCCACAGUGGGCUCGGAUUCGAGACCUCUUUUGGACCCAUCAGGGACGGACGAGAACCUUCUGCAUGGGGACCGGAUUCCAAACGCUCCAGUAAAAUUAACGGAAGAAUGGUGCACCGUGCGAUAUCAACUGUCGAAACCUCAACCACAGGUCUUGCAGGCGUGGAGUACAUGUCCAUUUGUCAUGCAAAGAUGGAUGACUCCUCUGGAGGCCGUUACGUGGGUCGACUUGUUUUUCCAAAAUAUCGCCAUCCUCUCCCCCGUCAUGGAUGACUUUUACCAGCCUCACGAAAACCAUCAUAGACUCAUCAACGAGGAGCCAGUCCUCUGCUCUACCAUCCUCAUGGUCUCUUGUCGGUAUCACCACUUGACGGGAGAUGGGAGUCUGUCUCGCGGAUUCCUCUUACAUGAAAGACUGUGGAAGUAUUGCCAGACUUUAUUCAAUCAGAUUUGGUGGGGGGAAGAGCGAAGGACGCGACCUCAUAUCAGGACCGUGGGCGCCAUCCAAAGCCUGUUUCUCUUGGCCGAAUGGCACCCGAGACCAUUCCACAUGACCUUUGAUACGUGUCUGUGGACCGCAACUCCCCAAGAUCCUACAGGAAUUGGACAAAUCCCGAGCAGCUGGCAUGAAGGAUUGUCGGAACCUGUCCGGAAGUCGAACCGGAUGUCAUGGAUGCUGGUUUCAUCUGCUCUUGCUCUUGCGCAUGAAAUUGGCUUGUUCAACGAAACAUCGUCCGAGUCGGCUCCUAGCAGGCAUCCAGAGCCCACCGAGAGAUACGAACGGUUGAAACGACUCUUCUUCGUCUUCAUCAACAACGUGACCUCUCGGCUUGGAUGCCAGGCGCCCAAAACUCCAUUGUUUCACACAUUAAUCUUGUCAGUUCUCGAUUAUGCGAAAUGGACAGACAAUGCAGAAUGGAGCGAUUGGAUGGGGUCGUGGAUUGAUCUAACUAGGAUUGUGCGAUCUUCUUCAGAAAUACUUUUCCCAAACGAGGUUCUCACAAAGGACCUCUUGCAGAACGGCAGAUAUAGUGAACUUUUGGGUCAUUUUAAUCAUGUCCUCGACCAGUGGCUGGAAAAGUAUCCCCGAAUCUCAGGAAAGCUCCUUCGGGACUGUGAUUUGACAGGGAUAGAUGCUAACGUGGACGCAGGCCCCAGCGUGCGGUACGAUAUCGUGUACAUCGAGUAUCAAUAUGUCCGCAUCUACAUCAACUCUCUCGCCAUGCAAGCAAUUGCAAUGCGCCGGAAAAACAAGGCCAACUCUCUGUUGUUGGAACAUUGUGAUAUCUAUCCUCAAGACCACCACUUUGUUCGUCAAGUUUUGGACGCAUGCACGACGGUCUUGGAGAUGGUGAUGAAGCACAGCAGGUUGGGGUAUUUGAAAUUCUUGCCCGUCCGUGUCCACAUACAGAUUGCCUCCGCUGCGGUCUAUUUGAUCAAGGCUCUGGCCUUGGGUGUACAAGCAGAAGAACUCAAUGGCAGAUUCCUCGACCUGCUGGAACAAACCGCACACAAACUACGAUCUGACACGGUCGACGACAUAUAUCUCGCUAUCCGGUUUGCGUCACUUCUCGAAACUCACGUUCAGGUCCUCCGUCGACGCUUUAGUCGACCUUCGGACCCAGUCGGCGGUAACAUACACGAGCCCCCGUCUGCUCUGAUUAAAGCAGGGGAACUCCUCGAGAAUGACACUUCCUACUAUGACCAGUUUAUCUUCAGCGACGACUGGCUAGCCCCUCAAUGCGAUGCUCCGUUCCAGGCGUUCUUUGGCGGAGUUGCCGGACAUGACCUCUUCAAUUUCCAGGCGGAAAGUUUUGGAAACAUAAUGUGA